AUGUCGCCCACCCCUGCGCAGGGCGCCAGCGCCGGCGAGGAGUUGUCCACGGAGGUGGUGGUGGUCCGGCACGGGGAGACCGCGUGGAACGCCUCCCGCAUCGUCCAGGGGCAAAUGGACCCGGAGCUAAAUGAGGCUGGCAGGCAGCAAGCCGUUGUGGUGGCCCGCCGGCUGUCGAGAGAAGCCAAGCCUGCCGCCGUAUACUCUUCUGAUCUGAAGCGAGCCGCUGAGACUGCUGAAAUCAUAGCCAAAGCUUGUGGUGUAUCGAAUGUGGUGCUGAAUGAGGCGCUGAGAGAGAGGCACAUGGGGUAUCUCCAAGGCCUCAAGUGGGACGACGCCGUGGCUAAGAGUCCAGAUUCUUUCAGAGGCUUUGAUAUCUUCAAGAUCACUGAGGGUUCUGAUCCUGACAGCAGAAAUCAAGAACUGCCUGGUGGUGGAGAGAGCCUGAAUCAGCUGAAUGAGCGCUGCGUCUCCUACCUGAAUAAGAUUGCCCAAGAACACAUUGGGGAGCGGGUUGUGGUGGUCUCCCACGGCGCAACCAUACUGGAGCUCUGCCGGCACACUGAUCCACCCGACAGCUCCAUCCGCAGGCACAUUCCCAACACUUCGCUGAACGUUUUUCGUGUCUCCGGCGUCACCGGGCAGUGGAGCCUCGAGAGGUGUGGAGAUGUCAGCCAUCUCAAGGGAAAUGGCUUUCUGGAGAACUCGUUUGGGGGCGACGGGGCCUCGGCCUAA